GGCACGGGCCGAGGGAGUUACUACGCGCGCAGUGCCCGCACCCGUACUCCGCCGCUAGGUACUCACCUCGCCAUGGUUCUUCUGCCUGUGCGCUGUCUCCUCUGGGGCUGCGUGUUGACCGCCGUCCACCCAGAACCACGCACGACGUGCAGAGAAAACCAGUACCUGAUAAACAGUCGGUGCUGUGAUAAGUGCCAGCCAGGAAAGAAACUGGUGAAUGACUGCACAGAGUUCACCUCCACGGAAUGCGUUCCUUGCAAAAAAGGCGAAUUCCUAGACACUUGGAACAUAGAGAGACACUGUCACCAGCACAAGUACUGCGACCCCAACCAAGGGCUCCAGGUCCAGAGGGAAGGCACCUCAGAAACUGACACCACUUGCACAUGUGACGAAGGUCUACACUGUACCAGCGACGCCUGUGAAAGCUGCAUCCAGCACACCCUGUGCCCCCCUGGCCUUGGGGUCAAGCAGGUUGCUACAGGGGUUUCUGAUACCACCUGCCAUCCGUGCCCAGCCGGCUUCUUCUCCAAUGUGUCAUCUGCUUCGGAAAAGUGUCACCCUUGGACGAGGUGUGAGACCAAAGGCCUGGUGGAGCUUCAGGCGGGGACCAACAAGACGGAUGCUGUCUGCGGUUUCCAGGAUCGGAUAAGAGCCCUGGUGGUGAUCCCCAUCACGAUGGUGGUCCUGCUUGCUGUCUUGUUGGUGUCUGCCUAUAUCAGAAAGGUGACCAAGAAGCCAGAGAAUAAGAGUUCAGUGGCCAGAGAUGUAUCAUGGUGGUUUCGACGAGCCCAGGAAGACGUAUACGUGAAUAUCCGUCGCGGUGUUGUUUGUGACCCUGGACAACUGGAAGCCACUUAAUUGUCCAGCAGCAGGGGACUGGCUAAAUAAAAGUGUAAUAUAUUUUAUACAACAAGAUCUCAAGAACACUGUUGUGGAACAACAACAACAAAAAAAGCAGGUGGCAGAAUGAUGGGUAUGAAAACAUUUCUUUAAAAACACACACACCCCAACAGCAUGAUAUGUCGUCUGGGGUUAUGUGUAUGCACAGAACAUACCCGUGUAUGUGUAGCUAUAGCCAGUGUUCAGGAGGAUACACAGAAAACGCACGGUUCCAGGAGUUGUAAUGUCUGGGUUGGGGAAGAAGGGUUGGCAAAGGGUUAAAGGAAGAAUUGGCUGCCCACCCCCCCCCAAACGGAGAGUGAGUUCAUACAAUGCUUAUGUAAUUAAAAAGUCAUCAAACAUGUAUAAAGGAAAACGGGGGUGGAAAUGCUCGAUGACAUGAGCUGUUUAACUUACUGUCAGGCUCACAGAAUUAGGGCACUUUCUGAGGAUAAUAACAAUGUCCCCAGGCUGCUGUCCUUCCAGGGCGGUUUCCAUGUGUGCUCGCAUUUGGCGUUGUGUUUUGCAAAGCACUCUCUUCAUUUUACUUAUGUUCGUCAAAAAACGGCCUUGAGGGCAGCCAGGGUUCCACAUCCCUCCCUCUUGAACAGAGGUGAAAAUGGAAGCCCAGAGAGGUGAAGCCACUUGCCUGUGGCCACACAGCAAUUCUUAGAGAUGCCACUCAGAGCUCCCCACUCCCGGUCCUGUGCUGCUGCUUCCAGAUCUUCCUGCUCUCUGAAACCUACAUCUGUGGCUCCUUCCUGGGGAGCUCCUGGGCCUCCCACUUCCUUCUGACCUCCCGACUGCUACAGGAGCUGCAGCUUCUUGGUCAGAUGGUGCCCCCUUCCC